AUGAGUGGAUGUCCUUUCUUCCAGAGGAAACAACUGUGUGCAAACAAACAGCAGAUGAAGGAAGAUGAGGAAGAUGUGGCUCAGAGCGGCAUUAACAAGGCCAGCAAAGGUGGCAUCGUCUACGGAGACUACCUGCAGCUGGAUAAGAUAAUGUCCUCUCAGCUGCUGCAGAGCACGCUGAAGGGAGACACCAUCCACGACGAACACCUGUUCAUCGUCACUCAUCAGGCCUAUGAACUGUGGUUUAAGCAGAUUCUCUGGGAGCUGGACUCAGUGAGAGAGAUUUUCAUAAGCGGACAUGUCCGUGACGAGCGCAACAUGCUGAAGGUCAACACCCGCAUUCACCGCAUCGUCAUGAUAUUCCGGCUGCUGGGCGACCAGUUCGCCGUGCUGGAGACCAUGACGGCCUUGGACUUCUUCGAUUUCAGGGAAUAUUUGGCACCAGCGUCGGGUUUCCAAAGCCUGCAGUUCCGGCUGUUGGAAAAUAAGAUCGGUGUUCCAGACAGCCAAAGGGUUCCCUACAACCGACGCCAUUACAGAGACAGCUUCCGGAGUGAAGAGACUGAACAGCUCCUCCAUUCAGAGAAGGAACCUAGUCUGUUGAAGUUGGUGGAGAAAUGGCUAGAGAGGACACCAGGUCUAGAACAGGAUGGAUUCGACUUCUGGGGGAAACUACAAACAAACAUUUUUGAGGGACUGAGGAGAGAGAGAGAGACAAUAGAGCAAAGGCCUGACUCUGAGAUGAAGGAAGAAAUGGGGGCAGAUCUGAACAAACAGAAGGAGAUCUUUGUGUCUCUGUUUGAUGAAAACAGACACAAGCACCUGCAGAGUAUAGGUCAGAGAAGACUGUCCUAUAAGGCACUACAGGGGGCCUUAAUGAUUUACUUCUACAGAGAGGAGCCUCGCUUCCAGGUUCCAUUUCAACUUCUCACGUCACUGAUGGACAUCGACACGCUCAUGACAAAAUGGAGAUACAACCACGUGUGUAUGGUGCACAGGAUGAUUGGUAGUAAGGCAGGAACCGGAGGAUCUUCAGGCUAUCACUACCUGCGCUCCACCGUCAGUGACCGCUAUAAGGUGUUCGUUGACCUGUUCAACCUGGCCACAUUCCUGGUGCCCAGAGCGUGGGUGCCUAAGCUGAAUCCCAACGAGCAUGCCUUCCUCUACAUAGCAGAGUGCUGCGACAGCUCCUACUGCAGCAGCGACGACUCUGACUAG